GUCCGACAGAGAAAGAACAGCGAAUUGCGAGAGUCGCUGAUACUACGAGCGGGAGUAUUUAUAAACAGAGAGAAGAAGAGGACAGAGAGAAUAAUAUUGAGAGAGUGCGGGAAUUGAAUCCGUUGAGCUGAAAGUAUAGUUUUGGAUCUGAGGUCGAUCUAUCUAUCUUAGAGCGAUCUUAUUCAGGUUGAAUCAGUCAGACAGACGUUUAGUUUCAACUCGCCACAUUAAAAGCAGGACCGCCCGCUUUCUAUCUACUUCACCAGCACACUCAAGCAAGAGAGCAAUCAGCGAUGGCGACGACGGAUUUCCUAGGCAAGGCCAUCGAGAUCGUGCAGAAGGCGAUUCAGGCCGAUACGGCGGAGAACUUUGAGGAGGCUUAUAAGCAGUACUACGCCAGUUUGGAGUAUUUCAUGAUGGCCUUGAAGUACGAGAAAAACACAAAGAACAAAGAGAUGAUUAGAAGCAAGACGGCGGAAUACAUGGACCGCGCGGAGAAGUUGAAGAGUUAUAUCGAGACUCAGGAUAAGAAAUCUAAGCGGGCUGUGGGCGCGAAUGGGAAGGAGACUGGUAAGAGUGGCGGCAAGUCAAAGAAGAAAGGUGAUGAUAGCGAUGACGACGAUGCGGAUGCAAAGAAGCUACGGAGCGCACUCUCAGGCGCUAUUCUCUCUGAAAAGCCCAAUGUGAAAUGGGAAGACGUCGCCGGUCUCGAGCUCGCGAAAGAAGCUCUGAAAGAAGCCGUCAUCCUACCGAUCAAGUUCCCGCACCUAUUCACGGGAAAACGACGACCAGUCGCCGGUAUCCUACUCUACGGCCCGCCCGGAACCGGAAAAUCGUACCUCGCGAAAGCAGUCGCGACCGAAGCAAACUCAACCUUCUUCUCUGUCAGCUCGUCCGAUCUCGUGAGUAAAUGGAUGGGCGAGUCCGAGCGCUUGGUCAAGCAGUUGUUUACGAUGGCGCGCGAGAACCGGCCGUCGGUGAUCUUCAUCGACGAAGUGGACGCUCUCUGCGGCCCCCGUGGCGAAGGCGAGUCCGAGGCCUCGCGACGGAUCAAGACCGAGCUGCUGGUGCAGAUGAACGGCGUGGGCAACGACGCCUCGGGCGUGCUCGUGCUCGGCGCGACGAAUAUCCCCUGGCAACUCGACUCUGCCAUCCGCCGCCGCUUCGAGCGCCGCAUCUACAUUGCGCUUCCGGAGGUCGAGGCGCGGACGACGAUGUUCAAGUUAAACGUGGGCACGACGCCGUGCGAGCUCACGCAGGCCGACUACCGCGCGCUGGGCGAGAUGACGGACGGGUACUCUGGCUCUGAUAUCGCGGUGGCGGUGCGCGACGCGCUGAUGCAGCCGGUGCGGAAAGUGCAGAUGGCGACGCAUUUCAAAUGGGUCGAGGCCAGCGACGGCACGCAGAAACUGACGCCGUGCUCGCCCGGCGAGCAGAACGCGAUCGAGAUGUCGUGGAUGGAUAUCGCGGGCGAUCAGCUGCAGGAACCGCCGUUGACGUUCAAGGACUUUGUCAAGGCGGUCAAGUCGUCGAGACCGACGGUGAAUGCGGAUGAUAUUCGCAAACAUGAUGAGUUUACGGCGGAUUUUGGGUCGGAGGGGAAUUAGUUGUGUUUAUUGAUGUGU